CUGGAACUGGAUUUUCACAAUAUCAAUUCAAACUUAAGACACAUUAUGCCAGCUAUGCAGCCAGAGAUGGAAAUGUUUCUUAUCAUGAAUACUGAGCAUUCUCGUGGGGAUUCAGUGCUGAGCCGGAGAAAGAGAAGAUCCUGGAAAGAGAAAUCUUGGUGCUUGUUCUAGGUUUGUUUGUGGGUUCGAGCAAAAUUGUCUUGCAGCACAAAGAAUUUUGGGACACUACUUAGGGCAUCCCAGGUCACGUUCCUGAGCAUCCCAGGUCGCUAGUGUACCCCGUUCCGGUACGUUCGUCCCAAUUCGGGUUACGAGGGGGGAUUGACCGUUCCCGGUAACUAUGGAAAAAAAGGUUGGAAGGAAGUCCAUAAACCAAGAAGUGGAACGCAAAAGAUGAAGAAUUUCAGGUCUUGAGAUUCCCGUAUGUGCCUGAGAGGAUUGCUCCACUUGUCUUACUGCAUGCAAGAAGCACAGUGCAAGUACACAAUGUGUCUGCGCCUGUAAUUGCCAGACACCCCAAAGUCCUAGCUCACGAACCACCUCUUUACAGUUCUCUCUCUCUCUCCCUCCCUUGUUUUCAACAACAGAUCUUCAUCUUUAGUUACACAAGCAGGAAUGAAUGGCUUAGCUUUUUAAGCCAGAUUUGAAGGCUGCAGGACUGGUAUCACAUGAAUUUGCUUUUAUGAAGACUAAAGCUACCGAUUUGAGAAGAUUGAAAGGGGAAGAAGCAACUGGAUACAGAGAAAAGGACAAUGACCCUACAAAAUUUUAUAUGAAGCCACCAUGUUCUAGAUUUGAAGUUGGAGAUAUGGUGUGGGCAAAGGUAGAUCCAUAUCCUUGGUGGCCUGGGCAGAUAUUCAAUGAGGCUCUUGCAGACCCUUGUGUGCAUAAUGAAAAGAUAGAGGGUUAUGUGUUGGUUGCAUUUUUUGGCGAUGAUAGCUAUGGAUGGUUUAAUCCGAUGAAACUUGUCCCAUUUGACUGUCACUAUGUUAAGAAAUCAAAGCAAUCAAAUGAUCCGUCUUUUGUUAAUGCUGUUGAAGAGGCAGAGAAUGAGACAAGGAGAAGGGUAGCGCUUGGAUUACAGUGUAGGUGUCGGAAUUCAAACUUUCGGCCUAGAGUAUUUGAAGGUUUCCUUGCAGUUGAUGUAGUUGGUUAUGAACCUGGUGGAGUGUACUCAAUUAAGCAAACUAAGACGGCUAGAGACGAAUUUCGGCCACUUGAGAUACUCUCCUUUGUCCAGCAAUUGGCAUUGAUGCGACGAAGUGUUUUGCAUAGAAGUGUUGAUCAGAUAAAGAUUGUUGCGAGAGUUCUUGCUUACCGUAAAGCUGUGUUUGAGGAGUUUGAUGUGGCGUAUGCCCAAGCCUUUGCGGCAUCACAAAAAUACUCUGUGAAGCCGGUGGAGGUCUCAAAUCGGCUCGCAGAGUUGCAGGCUAAAGCUUUAUUGAGUUGGCCACGUGCAAUUCCUGAAUCUUCAGGGGUUAGAAAGUGCUCUCCUGGCCCUAUGAAAGGUAAGGACCAAGUUAACAGGGACAAGUACCUCUGUAAGCAAGAAGAAGGGCUAGAUGUUGCAAAAGUUCAUAAUGUUGGUAAGAGGAAAGUAAAUUUCCCCAGUUCGUCAAAGAAAGUGACUAAAAUGUCUGAUUCCUUGAAAUUGGAACCUUCUGGGCUCAAAUGUAGAAAAGUGAGUUUUGGCUUUGUGAAUAGAGCUCUGGGUUCAGGUCUUACCUUGAAAAAAGCCAUCUCUCUGGGAAAGAAAUCACCACUUGAGAAAAUGCAUGUAGCUAACGCGAAGGUUGAUUGGGAACAAAAUUCAACAGAAUUGGUUAACAGAUCUCUAAGUUUUGGACAAACCCAACCCAGAUGUUCAAAGGCAUUUGAGCAUUACAAUGGUCUGAUAAAACUUUCAGCAGCUGACAGUAAUUCUGGGGAUCGAUCUUUUCCUUCAAAACCACCAAAGAAACGGCUGAAACUUGAAUUUCGUUCACAGGUUGAGCAAAAUAGCAGAAACUCAGAUUGUCUGAAGAAAACAUUCAAGGGGACGAAGAAACUGAACAACCUGAAGUCAUCGUCGGCUGAAAAGAAGAUGGGCAUCCUGGGGCCAGAGAAGCCCCGGAGAGAAAAAAAGGUUGUGAGCAUUCCUGCAGAGUCGUAUCGGAAUUCAUUGAUGAAGCUCAAUGCCCCUGUAAAGGGAUCUGAAGUGGCUGAAGUCCUGGGGAAGGCACUAAAUGAUCUUUCAUUCAAGGGGUUGAAGAAACCUAACAAGCUGAAUUCAUUGCCAGCUGCAAAGAAGAAUGGCAUCCAGGAGCCUGCAAAGUCCCAGGGACAAGAUGAAAACAAAAAGGGUCUGGGAGUUCAAAUUCAACCUAAUAAAAAUUCAAGAGCAAAGCUCAAAGCUCCCACAAGGGCUGCACCUGUAAUGCUAAUGAUGCAGUUCCCUCGUUACUCAACACUGCCCUCAGUUUCAGAACUGAAAGCGAAAUUUGCUCGCUUUAGACCUCUUGAUCAUUCUUGCCCCCGUGUGUUCUGGAAUUCUUCAAUCUGUCAAAUUGUGUUCAACUGUGAAUAUGAUGCGCAUGCAGCAUACAGCUACGCAGUUUCAACGAUUUCUUUGUUUGGAAACAAGAAAGUUGACUACUACUUGCAAGCUCUGGAUGCGUCUACCUCAGUGUUACCUAACUUGGGGAAGUGGCAUUCAGAAGUACCAUCCUUAGGUUUUGGUGAUUCCCUUGAAAAAAAGCUGGCAGCACCUCGGCAGCGGAUCCCAAAGGCUAACGUUAAGUCAUGUCUGAAGAGGCCAUUAGGUAAUGAGUUGCUUGUUCCUAGUGCGAACCCUCUCACUAAACUAAUGUCUGGUGCGAAUGGCGAUCAUGGUGGUGGAGAGCAGUUGGUGGUUUAUCGCAAUGUUUUGACCUCUGAAGGUGAUCAUUUAUCACUUUCCCAUGCAACCAUCAAUGGCUGUUCAACAAACUCACAAAGGGUCUUGCCUCUUCUUCCUCACCCCCCUGACUGGAUAUCAAAUGUGCGUGAACUGGAACGUUUUGUUGAAGCUUGUAAUGUGCAGCAUCUCCAAUGCCAGGCAAGGAAUAAUAGUAUCUGUACUACCACCCAGAGCGCUGACAUCUCCGGUCCACUGCUAAACCUCUUGGCCAGGUGCAAAGAUACUGUUACGAGUAUAGUAAGUACUCCAAAUAACUGAGUAAAAAUUUCAUAUAUAAUAAAUUUGGACGCGCUUCUGAAAAUUGAACUGUUGCGAAACGAUGUAUUAGUAGUCUUCAGUUGAAGAUCUGACAUGGCUCAUGUAUUUGCCCAGUUUGGCCAUUAAAACUUAGAAAAGUACGUGAGACGUUAAUGAACUUCUUAAGUCUGUGGAGCAGAAGCUUUCUGGCCAAGAGCAUAGAAAAAUGAAUUUCUGGUUUAUCGA